AAUAUAAAUACUGGCGUCUCCGGCGCCGCCUUCCCACACUCUCUGGCUCAACUCUCGGCCGCGGUGUUUCCGUUUCUCUCCCUGGUUGUCGCCUGCUCUGCUCUUCUCAUCCUUCUCGCUCUGCUGCUCUGCGGAGUGACGAGGCUGAAUCUUCUCCCCACCCAGUUCGCGCUUUUCUUCUUUUUCUCGCGCCGCUCCAUUUCUCCAGUCCGGCUGCCGCCGCCACUGCUGCUCAGCUGGUGUCGGUGCCGCGCGUUUCCCCCACGUCGUCCCCGCAGCCUAUGGCCCAGGCCGCCUUGGGUAUUUCUGCUCAAGGUAACCACAUCCCUCUUUAAAAAUUCCGCCGAAAAAGAGAAGACGCUUUACCCGACUCUUUGGGCCGUUAUCUCACGGCGAACUUUCUGACCGAGUAUACAACUACCCAGAAGGCCUAGGAGAAGUGCUGUAUAGAGAGCAGUUCGAUUUUAACGCUGAGCCACCUUGGGAACCUAGCUGAUGAUAGGGGGGUUCCAUCUCCUAACUUGUCCAUGGAGGUCUUCACUUCAGAAACCCAAGACUCACAUUCAUCCAGCUUGGUGUCAAGUGGGCUGUUGCUGCCAGGAUUAUCUUGUGAUUAUAUGAAAGAUGUAUCAGUUUCUUCUGAAGUGCAGUCAACUGUAGAAGCCUUUGUAGCAGGUGUGUAACAAGUUUGUUGCAUAUUCUAAGGACCCAGACAUAGGCUUGGUGGCCCGUCUCUUGUUUUUCCUGGUUUAUGACUUUCGGCUUUGUGGAAUACGGCUGAGAUGAAAGGAUUUAUUGACGAUGCAAACUACUCCGUUGGCCUGUUGGAUGAAGGAACAAACCUUGGAAAUGUUAUUGAUAACUAUGUUUAUGAACAUACCCUGACAGGAAAAAAUGCAUUUUUUGUGGGGGAUCUUGGGAAGAUCGUGAAGAAGCACAGUCAGUGGCAGAACGUGGUGGCUCAGAUAAAGCCAUUUUACAUGGUGAAGUGCAACUCCACUCCAGCCGUACUGGAGAUCUUGGCAGCUCUUGGAACUGGAUUUGCUUGUUCCAGCAAAAAUGAAAUGGCUUUAGUGCAAGAAUUAGGCGUAUCUCCAGAAAACAUCAUUUAUACAAGUCCUUGUAAGCAAGCAUCUCAGAUAAAGUACGCAGCAAAAGUUGGAGUAAAUAUUAUGACAUGUGACAAUGAAGUUGAAUUAAAGAAAAUUGCGAGGAAUCACCCAAAUGCCAAGGUCUUACUACAUAUUGCAACAGAAGAUAAUAUUGGAGGUGAAGAUGGUAAUAUGAAGUUUGGCACUACACUGAAGAACUGUAGGCAUCUUUUGGAAUGUGCCAAGGAACUUGAUGUCCAAAUAAUUGGGGUUAAAUUUCAUAUUUCAAGUGCUUGCAAAGAAUAUCAAGUCUAUGUCCAUGCCCUGUCUGAUGCUCGAUGUGUGUUUGACAUGGCUGGGGAGUUUGGCUUUACAAUGAACAUGUUAGACAUCGGUGGAGGCUUCACAGGAACUGAAAUUCAGUUGGAAGAGGUUAAUCAUGUUAUCAGUCCUCUGUUGGAUAUUUACUUCCCUGAAGGAUCUGGCAUUCAGAUCAUUUCCGAACCUGGAAGCUACUAUGUAUCUUCUGCAUUUACGCUUGCAGUCAAUAUUAUUGCUAAGAAAGUUGUUGAAAAUGAUAAAUUAUCCUCUGGAGUAGAAAAAAAUGGGAGUGACGAGCCAGCCUUCGUGUACUACAUGAAUGACGGUGUUUAUGGUUCUUUUGCAAGUAAGCUUUCUGAGGACUUAAAUACUGUUCCAGAGGUUCACAAGAAAUACAAGGAAGAUGAGCCUCUGUUUACAAGCAGCCUUUGGGGUCCAUCCUGUGACGAGCUUGAUCAAAUUGUGGAAAGUUGUCUUCUUCCUGAGCUGAGCGUGGGAGAUUGGCUUAUCUUUGAUAACAUGGGAGCAGAUUCUUUGCACGGACCGUCUGCUUUUAGUGACACUCAGAGGCCAGCUAUUUAUUUCAUGAUGUCACUCAGUGAUUGGUAUGAGAUGCAAGAUGCUGGAAUUACUUCAGAUGCAAUGAUGAAAAACUUCUUCUUUGCACCCUCUUGCAUUCAGCUGAGCCAAGAAGACAACUUCUCCACUGAAGCUUAAACAGGCAUUAACGCUUCUUUAGAUCUGAAGUCGCAGGUUAAGCUUGUCUGGUCUACAUUCCAGUGUGGGGAAAAAUUCAAUCAAUCUUUAUUCUGUUAAUUUUCUUGGAAACAAAUUCAUAGUAAUAGCUGUUUGGGACCAGACAAAAUCAGCUUUCAUCUAUAAUUCAUUGGGGGUAAUAGGGGAUUUAUUUAGAUAAUGUAUCCAGAUUUAAACAUACCAGUUUGACCCACCCCUUAAGCGUUUAAAAUAAAAUAUGCAACAAAAUGGAUGACUUAGUGGAGAUGGAAGCCCAUUAAUUGGGUUCCCCAUCAAAUCGUUUACAUACAAGUACACAGUUUUUAUAAUAAGGAUUCCUGUUAAAAGUCUUGUAAAGUUGAUGUCUUUCACCCAGAUCUAUCACAUGUGAGUGGAAGACCAGUGUGACUUCAUUAGAUACGUUUAGUGUAUUUAGAGUGUGUAAAUUUGUGCUUUGGACUGUAGUUUAAUAAAUGUAAAAUUGCAUCAUAGUAUUUGUUGUAUUUGACCUAAUGUAACCUUGUAUGAUUGCAAUAAAACUUUGUGUAGAUUUUACCAUUUUUUCAGGCUAAAAAUUUGGGAAUGGGGCUAGCUAGCAAAGGUAGUUUUGAACUAGUUGUGUGUAUGGUCUGUUUUGAGAGUUUUCUUUAUAGUCCAUUUGUUUGGUUUGGCUCAAUAUACUUUUUAGUUAUUUAAUUAGUAAUUUAAGUAAAAAGUGUUUGGUAAUCAUUGUGAAGUUCAGAUUCAUUAUGGAGAGUCGAUGUGCAGUAAGCAUGAUGUUUAACAAUUUUAACACCAGAAAAUGUUAAUCUUGCAUAAACCAAUUGUAAUAAUAAUAGGUGUUUCUGUAUAGAUAGGAUGCAUAGAGUACCUUAGUAAAUCUUUGAAUCACAAAUCUUUUGGCUGAUAGAAAAGAUUUUAUUAAACACUGAAAACUUGGUCGGGGAUGGGGAGAGAGACUGCAGAAGACUGCAGAACCCUAACCUUAAAGAAGGGCUAUGUCUAUUUCCAGCAUCCUGAUGCCCCUUCGCACAGACAUUUAAAUCGAGAGGGCUUUGGGGUGGUGAAGCACACUCUUCAAUUUCUCACUUGUAAUGGUAUCAAAUUGCAAUUUUUUUGUUGUUGCUGAUCUUGGUUUGAACCUAGUCCCUUAGUUUCUUGUUAAUUCCCAUUUGUUCAAGCUUAGUAAUUCUUCCUUCGUACUAAAGCUUGGUGGGGGGUGGGGGGAGGAGUUAGCUUCACUAACCUGACACUGUUGCCAGGAAUUUUGGCUUUGUUCACUGCUAGUGUGUUAGUCCUAAGUCUCAGAAUCACAGAAGUAAUGAGACAACUUACAGGGGUCACUUUUCCUACCUUACUCUAUGUUCACAAGUGGAAUUCCUGACCUCCAAGAGGAAAUGUGACUUCACUUUGGUGCCAAUGGACAGGAAAUUCUACCUGUGCUACAUAGGAGAAGUGUGGGAUACACUUGAAUAGCUGGAUUUUACACCUUGAUUUCAAGGUGGAAAGAAAUUGAUCAUGAAUCUCUAAUUUCAAAUCAAACCAGUAGGUGCUUAAUAUUUUUGAUUUGAAUAUUGCCCACUUGAAUAUCAUGGGUUCUAUUAAUUAUAAGAACAACUAAGGACCCCAGUCCACUGUCAUCUAGUUGCCCUUGGACUUUUUUCCAAGGUAUACUAUGGGGUUUAUGCAAAAUUUGAAGCUACCAUAUGCAUUGUUGUGGUCCAGGAAUGCCAAAACUUAAAGCGUGGUACAACCUGAGUCCUUGGCCUGACUGUACAGGCGUGGUCUCUGUGGCAUCAGUUUUGCCUUCUGCAUAGGAGAAAGGUUGUAUGUAACACAGCCCGGAAUUGCUAUCUCACAUGUGAAUGAUAGGUAAACAUAAGAAUGUCUGUAUUGUUUUUGAAGACUGUUUGCCAUAAAUCUAAAGUCAAACCUAUGUAUUUCAAUUUGGUAUGCUUAAGAAUAAUUAAUGUAAAAUCUUUUUAUAUGAUAUUGUAAUCUCAGUUCAAAUUUAAUUGCAAAUAUAAAACCCAAAUGAUUUCUAUAUAUAGUAAAUUGAACUGUCAAGGUAACUUGUGUGUGAUUCUGAAUACACAGAUACAAUGUUUUUAUUCCUCAUGCUUUACUUUGAUGGCUUCUAUCAUGAAAUAGAUGUGAAAUUUUAUGAAUUAAUUCUGUGUAUACUGCCCACAUUCUU